AUGUAUUCGUCAGCACUGACCUCGAAUAGUUCAAUUUAUUUUCAAGAUUGUUCAGAGUUAGAUUCUUAUUAUGAAGAGAUACAAAUGAACGUCACUGUAACUGGUUAUUGUACUUUUCUGAUCAACAGUGAGAUGAAAACCACAUAUGGUUAUAUCUACACAAAUAACUUCAAUCCAUUCGAUGUGUCCAAAAAUGUCCUCAGACAUAAUGGAAACUAUGAAAAUCAAGGUCAAUUUAAAGUCUCAACUGUUCUUGAAGCUGAUAUGAAAUACAUUUUCGUUCUGACAACAUCUUUUCACAAUUUAACAGGGAGCUUUUCAAUUCAAGUAUUCGGCCCUAGCUAUAUCGGUCUCAAUCGUAUUUUGAAUAAUGAAUCAAUUGUUCAAACAACUUAUAUAUCAGAAUUGACAACGAACAGUUCAACGUAUUUCUUUCGGUGUUCAGAUUCAGAAAGUACUUAUUAUGAAGCGAUACAAGUGAAUGUUCGUAGAAGUGGUCUUUACACUUUCUUCAGUCAAAGCAGUAUGGACACAUACGGCUCUAUUUACGAAGAUUAUUUCAAUCCAUCUAAUUCAAAUGAAAAUAAACUCUUAGGUAAUGAUGACAGCUGCGAACCAUAUCAGUUUGGAUUCACAAUUGCUCUUGAAAACAGUAUCACAUACGUAUUAGUUGUGACAGCGUAUGGUAUUUUUCAAACAGGUGCAUUCUCGAUCUUCGUAUCCGGUCCAAGUAAUAUUGAUCUCAAGAACAUUAGUUCUCCAUCAGUCAUCCAAAUUCCAUAUUCAUCAGCUGUACAAUCAAAUUAUUCGUCAGAGUUGAACAGGAGUAGUCAAACAUAUUCUCGAGAUUGUCGAAAAACAAAUUAUUACUAUCAAGCUAUACGAGUGAAUGUGAUGGAAACUGGAUAUUAUGCUCUUAGCAGCGAUAGCAGUAUGGAUACAUUCGGUGAUAUGUACAAAGAUGAUUUUAACCCAAUGAAUCCUUUCGAGAAUUUACUCUCACAGGAUUAUCGAGCAUGUAGUUCUCAAGACUUUAAGUUUAUUGCUUAUCUUCAAACUGGUACUACAUACAUAUUAGUGGUGACAACAUCUUCUCCAAAUAUGACAGGAAACUUUUCCAUUCUGACAUCUGGUCCAAAUAAUAUCACUCUUGAUCCUUACAGUAAGUAUUUUGUAUUAUUUGCAAAUCAUCAACAGAGAAAUACAACAUUCCACUGGACUCCAUUUUCACUCUUGAAUAAUAAAAGAUUUGAGAAUUUCAAUUAGAUCAUAUAAUUCAAUCAAAUUAUUGUCCAAA